CCUUCGAUUCUUUCCGUACCACUACAUUUGCUCAUCAUGGUUGCUCUCAUCCAACGCCCUGCUCCCACAUUUAAGGCUGCUGCCGUCGUCGAUGGUCUCUUUGAGGAUGUCUCUUUGACAGACUACCUCGGCCAAUGGGUUGUUCUCUUCUUUUACCCUAUGGACUUCACCUUUGUCUGUCCGACUGAAAUCCUAGCCUUCAAUGACGCCCUAGCUGAAUUCAAGGCACUGGACACUAAAGUUCUCGGUGUCUCUACCGAUUCUCAGCACUCCCACUUUGCUUGGGCCAACCAGCCCCGCAAGGAGGGUGGUCUGGGUCCCGAUCUCAAGCUUCCCCUCAUUGCCGACCGAAACAUGUCCAUCUCUCGCGAUUACGGUGUCCUUCUCGAGGACGAGGGUAUUGCUCUCCGUGGACUCUUCAUCAUUGACCCCAAGGGUAUCCUCAGGCAAAUCACUGUCAAUGACCUGCCUGUCGGUCGCUCUGUCGACGAGACUAUUCGCCUCAUCAAAGCAUUCCAGUUCACCGACAAACACGGGGAAGUUUGCCCCGCCAACUGGCAUGAAGGUGACAAGACUAUGAAGGCUGAUCCCAAGGGUUCCAAGGAGUACUUUUCGGCGGUGGGUGAUGGUCCCAACAAGCGUGCCCGUCAGGCUUAAUUGCAGUUAGACGUAUGGAGGCAGCGGCACCAAGAGGAAAGCAAAUCUGAUAGAACCAUAGAAGAUAGAACUAGAUCAACCUUUAUCUCAACUCGACAUUUUCUUGAUCAGCCCGUGCGUAGCUUUCUAUUCCUUUGAGAGGUUUUUUGUGUGUUGGUUUUAUGGUUAUCCUUCUAUUGUAUAUCUUCACGGCUCUGCCGCAAAAUAUCGCAGCUGUUGUUCCCUGCUAUCCAUAUCAAUGUCAUCGCUC